AUGGGGGACGAAAGUGGCGAUAACUUUGAAGAUAUGAGCAUUGACCAAUUGAAAGUAGAGUUAUUGGAAGAACUCCAUAUGAAAGACUUAGUACAAAUCUCAAUACUUGAACUAAAACACAAGAUAGUGGAACUGAAGGACAAACUCAAUACUGAUAAUGAAUGCAGUGAAUGGAAAAUCCGUUAUGAGAUACAACUUGAAGUGAAUGAUCAACUAAAAAAGCAAAUUGCUACUCUCAAAGAUAAAUUGGAAAAAGUCCGUGGAAAUCCUUCAGAUAGACUAUCUUCUAUUCGUGUCUAUGAGCGAAUGCCAGUGGAAUCUUUAAUUACAUUACUUAAAAAGCUAGAAAAAGAAAAAAGGCGUCUUGAACAUCAAGUGAAACACUGUGCACUUAGACUAGAAGAAGAAUCAAAGGCUUACCAGAAGACUGAAGAUGAACGCCGUAUAUGCCUAGCUGAAAUGUCUCAGGUCUCUGGCUUACGCAAAAAUUCUAGAAAGCAACAGGUGAAUCAACUCCAUAGAGUGAAAGAGAAUCCAGUGAAAACGGGGAGAUAUAAUACUGCUAAUCAGAAGAUAGUAAAUGCCAAGAGAGGACCAGCAAAAAAAAGUACAAGAUCAAACCAUCUUCCAAAACUCAACCCAUGA